AUGGGCACACCAUCCCGUAAACAACUCCAGCAGUGCAUGCUGCCCUCUGGUAUCGCCCAUCACGGUUCUGAAUCGCAUCCACGAAAACAAAGAGUUCAGCGCUUCGCGGAUGAAUCACCCUUUAUCCAGCGUAAAGAAAACAAACCGUUUGUAUCGUCUUGGACUCGUCUACUAGGCGUAGCAUUCACCUCGUUGGCAGCAGCGUAUUUUUUGCUGCUUUGUUUUCGCUUUAUAGAGUCUGCGCGUCAGUGGUCCCCGUCCACUAGAUCUCUCGCAGCCCGUCGAGACGAGUCGUGCGAUUCAGGCAGUGUGUCUGGGGAUGGCGAUGAAGGUGGCAGUGGGCCGACGGGGGAUUCGGCAGAAGGUUUAGAGCUAGAGAGUUUUGGGGAAGGCAGCCCUUUGCUGCAUCAUGAGGCUUUCGGAUUACAAAGCACUGCCGGAGGAACACAAGAAGAAGUAGUUGCUGCUGGGUUACAAGGCGCUGCUGGAGGUGAAGAAGCAGAAGCUGAAGAAGCAGAAGGAGACUUCAUGGACGCAUUUUAUGAUGCGGUUAGGGAAUACGUUGGUGGCGUUGCUUCUGAUUCAGAAAAAUCACACGAAACAUGUGACUUGCACUUAUGGGAAAGCCGGAACAUGCCUGCGGAAGAAGAACAUCGCUUAAUACGUCUCUUUAGGCGCAUGCAAGAGGCUGCGAGUUCAUGCCGAUCGUUGCUGCCAGUGUUGACGCGCAGACACCGUUUGCAGCUGACAAACCACGUGUUGAAGCUGCUCGCCCUGGAUUUGGGAGCCAUUUAUCUAGUUAAGGAGGAUAAGGAGCGUCGUAGAAGUGCUGUAGGCGACUCUCUCAUUAAGCUGGCAAAGCACGCACUUUACCACGGGCAUGAUGGCGCAG